UGCUUCGGUCGAUGACACCAUCAUGGGACACUCAUGGCUGUUGAUUUUGGGUUUUGUCCUACAUGUUGCUCAUUCUUUGGAUAUUCUGGGUUGGGAUGAAGAGCCUUGUGAGCGCAUCACAGCAGUCCUGGGAGAGGAGGUGUACCUGAGCUGUGUCUAUCUGGGUGAUAGUGCUAUUGAGAGCAGCGAGUGGAAACAGAAGGUCAAUUCAAAAAAAUACAAGCGACUGGCGGGAUUUGUCAAUGGGAAAGCGUUUCAGCAUGACAACUUUUCACUCCCGGCAUCUCUCACCAACCUCACAGUUCGGAUGAGGGUGACCAGUGUGGAAGUAGAAGGAGAAUACACCUGUGAGUUUGAAUCAGAUAAAGACACUUACAGUGGCACCGUAAUCAUCCGUGUAAUAGUUCAACCUGAAAUAGAGACCACUGUGAGUGCUGAGAUUGUAAAUGGGACUCACUAUCAGUCUGUGUCAUGCUCCGCCAUCAACGGCAGGCCUGAGCCUCGUGUCAGCUGGUCGGUGGACGGCCUCCCUCCUUCAGCUUUCCCCUUUAUCGUGGUUGUGAAUAACACCCUUCCAUCAAACGACACCAUCACCGUGAGCAGCAUCCUCCGCUUCCCCACCCACCUGCAGGACAAGGACAGCAUGACCUGUGUGGUCGAUCACCUGACCUUCCCACAGGCCACACUCACCACAGUCAGGGUGGAAACCUACACAAGGCCAAAUGUGAAUAUCAAAGCGGAGAUGGUACAGCAAAAAGAAGGAAAUGAUUUCUGGGUGGUCUCUUGCACUUCAUCUGGAGGGAGACCUGACACUGACAUCUACUUGGCUUUGAACACAGCUAAAGAGCUGCAGAGAGAGAACGACUCUGACUCUAACAUGCAAACAGUCUCAGUCCACCUCCCCGUAACAGAAUAUGGGGGUCAUAACGUCACCUGUGUAUUUGACCAUCCAAAAUUCGCACAAAAGGAGUCACGAGUACUAACGCUGCCAAAUUUCUAUUUGGCUGGAGGUCAGUUGCACUCAGACUUGGAAGGCAGCAAGGAUGAUUUUGAAGAUGUAGAGCUGCAGGAAGAAGACACUGAAGCUGUUAUCUGGCUCGAGGUCGAAGGGAAUGUGCCACGCUACAAUGUUAUCUGCAACAAAGAUGAUGGCCCCUUGCCUGAGAGCGUGAAGCCAGUGAACAGAAGCCUCAGAUUUCAGGGUCCUGUGGAGCAUCAGCAUGCUGGUCUUUAUGAAUGUGUCUUCUCUUAUCAGCACCUUAAAGCAGUGCUGCGGUUCAAUGUCACCAUUAAGCCCAUACAACAAAUUCCUCCCACAAUACGAGUUGAUUUGCGGACUGAAGGUGGACACAGGGUGAUUGAGUGCUCAGCAGCUGAUGCUGUUCCUGCAGCCAACAUGUCCUGGCUUCUACCGGAGGGUGUGUCUGAAGACUUUUGGUUCAACUCCACUUCUCAUAAUGGAAGCCACUCUGUCAGGGGAGUUUUACUCCUCCCUGCCUGUUUGCCUUGGGAGCUCACUGCAGAGUGUGUGAUAAAUCACCCGGCAUUUGAGAAACCAGAGAACAGAAGCAUAACGCUCCCUCUCUGCGCUCAUCCUAACAUCACCAUCAACACCAGCACUGAGUGGAGAGACGGUCACAAGUACACAAAGGUGCAGUGCUCGGCGGACAGUGCCCCUCCUGCAGCGGCUAUAACCUGGCACAUCGGAAACACCGACAACAGCAUCAGUAAUCUGACAGAGACUAAACAACAGCCUCACGGUCUGGUAUUGGCUUCUAGCUCUGUGAACUUCCUGUCCUCUCUCUAUGCUGGUCAGAAUUUGACUUGCAUAGUGAAGCAUCCAAGCCUGGAGGCAGCAGAAGAAAGAACAAUAAACAUCCCUGUGCACAAAGCCCCCCUGCUGAGCGCAGCUGUGGUGAGACAGCGAGACUCUCGUCUCUGGCUGGCAGCAUGUGAGUGCACAGGGGAGUGUGUCCAGACAAAUCUCGCCUGGGACCUUCCUGAAAAUACCGAAAGUCAAACCUCCAUGCUCACAGAACAUGAAGGAAACACAAUGAACGUCAGGCUGACUUAUAAGUUUCCUCUGGACCGUCAUGAGGGGCAAAACCUGACAUGUGUGUAUCAGUUUGAACCAGGGACCACACAGAAAAGGACCGUUCACAUCCCCAGAUACUACAUUUCUUCUCUGAGAGUCCUGAACUACACGACUCCUCUGCAAAGCCGCUACAAUGAUCAACCUGCUGUAUACAGACUUUCUCUCCAUGACAAUCAUCACGAACAGAAAAUACUGCUCAGAGUUGAGGGCAACGUGCCGGAGUACAACCUCAGCUGUAAGAGGAGUGAUGGCUCGUUUGUGCAAAUGGCAGGUUUGGCAAUGAUCUUCCAGCCAGAGCUUGAAGAGCUGAACAAAGGCCUGUACACCUGCUGCGCAUCCUUCUAUCACCACACUGCAACAGUCAGCAUUCAGGUGGAAGUCACAAGUAGGAUUGAACAGCUUGCUCUCACAUCCAUGAUUUGCAUCUCUUCAGCAUUAGCCCUCAUUCUUAUCUCCAUCAUCAUCCUCUGUGUGUGCUGCCAAAGAAACGACAGAAAACAGUAUAAGGAGGAGUAUCUCUCAGCGUUGACAUCCCUGAUGCAGGACCCCGGCUCUCCUGAGGUGAAGAAGCCAGCAGUGAGAGAAAAGGGCAGCGAGGAGUGCAGUCAUAGGGUCCGUUAUGCCAUAGUCAUUGAUGUCAAGAGCACAGUGUGAAGACAACAAUGCUUUACAGGGUUUUUUAAAACCACAUCCAGCUGUGUGCAGACCAGAUGUGGCAUCUUACUGAAACUGCAGUGCUCUUUUUUCCAGUGUUUUUGAGGGUUAUGUUCGCCUUUGAAAUUAGCAUUUCAAGUUAAUCUAUGUAUAUAUAUUUUGAAUAAUGAACAAUUUUGAACAGAUUAGCACUGAGGACUUUAAAGUUUAAAGAGUAUAUAAAAGAUGUAUGCAUGUAACCACCCAUUGAUGCUGGACACCACAUUUUGGCCACUGCUACAUUCGCUUUUUAACAUAUUUAACAUAUUUGGACCAGAGGGUGGAAAUAUGUUGUAUGUAAUAUGUAAAUUGUCACAAACUAUUCAUAUUCAUAAACUGUAACACACAUGCUAAUUAGUGAUAAGUCACAGACUAGGGGGCAGCCAAAAGCAGCUUUUUAUCAGGCUAUAAUACUGGUGACUACAGAUAGCAGAGGUGAGGUUUAGCAGACAGACUGGCUGCAGCGACUUGUGCCGGCCCACACAGGUGACCAGAUGGAUUACCUAAUAGUAAAAUAAAAAACAUUAACCCACUCUUGAGUUGCUAUGAAAGGGCAAACUAUCCACAGAGGAAAAAACGUUUUUUUGGACCAUAAUGUAAAUAUGCUUUGUUAUGCUCUGAAGUUAUGAAGACGUUUUAACACAGGAGUCUCAGUUUUGCGGCCAGCCUCAAGUGGUCACUUUAGGAACAGCAGUUUUUGGCACUUCUUGGCUUUUUGCUCGAUAUGCAUGCAUUUUGCACUUUUUUUUUUUGUUUUUCAACAAAGGUUUUACUUGAAUUUUUCA